AUCAAAACAGAGGGUGUAGUCAGGAAAGUACUGCUCUCCAGACCAGACAGCCGCCGGACACGGUUGCCGGCGUAUUGCUACAUAACCGCCACCCGCCGCGGCUGCUGUAAACAACCCCAACCCGGGUAAUUACUUUUACGCCUGUGCGUACACGCCUACUAUAUUCUCUGACCAACCCAAAAGAGCUCGGCAAAAGUAUCUUCAGAAGAAACGAGCAGAAAGCUAAAGACCAAACAAGAAAAGCCAAAAAGGACGAAAAUCAAACCCAUUCUUGCCUCUUAAUCUUCUACAGCUACCCUGCUCCAAUCAUUUCUGCCCUUUAACUAUUAAAUACGGAGUGCUGGAAUGGAGGAGAGGCCGGAGGCGGAGCUGAUAUCAAUACCGGCGACGCCACGCGCGUCGACGCCGGAGAUUCUGACGCCGUCUGGGCAACGGUCGCCGAGGGGGGUGCCGUCUUCGAAGGAGGGGAAGUCAUGGACGCCGACUUCGUUCAUAUCUCCGAGAUUUCUGAGCCCAAUCGGGACGCCGAUGAAAAGGGUUCUGGUGAACAUGAAGGGUUACUUGGAAGAAAUGGGGCAUCUGACGAAGCUGAACCCGCAAGACGCGUGGCUUCCCAUCACAGAGUCCCGCAAUGGCAAUGCUCACUAUGCUGCUUUCCAUAACCUCAAUGCUUCUGUUGGCUUCCAAGCUCUUCUCUUGCCUGUUGCUUUCUCUUUUCUUGGAUGGAGUUGGGGAAUAAUAUCCUUAACUAUUGCAUAUGUCUGGCAACUCUACACACUAUGGAUUCUUGUUCAACUUCAUGAAGCAGUUCCAGGGAAAAGAUAUAACCGAUAUGUGGAGCUUGCCGAAGCCGCAUUUGGGGAAAGAUUAGGCGUUUGGCUUGCUCUAUUCCCAACGGUGUACCUAUCUGCCGGAACAGGAACAGCUCUGAUUCUCGUAGGAGGGGAAACCAUGAAACUGUUCUUUCAAACCGUCUGUGGACCCCUCUGUUCAUCGAACCCUUUAACAACGGUUGAAUGGUAUCUAGUCUUCACUUCCCUAUGCAUUGUGCUAUCACAACUCCCAAACUUAAACUCAAUUGCGGGGCUGUCACUCGUAGGAGCAGUGACGGCCAUCAUAUACUCUACCAUGACGUGGGUCCUCUCCGUAAGCCAACAUAGGCCACCUUCCAUCUCUUAUGACCCUGUUUCAUUGCCUUCCUCUACAGCUUCUAUUUUUUCUGUCCUUAAUGCACUUGGUAUUGUGGCAUUUGCUUUUAGAGGACACAAUCUGGUGUUGGAAAUUCAGGCAACGAUGCCAUCAACCUUCAAACACCCAGCUCACGUGCCAAUGUGGAAGGGAGCAAAGGUUGCGUUUUUCUUUGUUGCAAUGUGCCUCUUUCCUAUUGCCAUUGGUGGUUAUUGGGCUUAUGGAAACCUUAUGCCAUCAGGCGGGAUGCUUAGCGCAUUGUUUGAGUAUCACUCCCAUGACAUCCCGAGAGGCCUUCUAGCAGUGACAUUUCUCUUAGUCGUCUUCAGUUGCCUGAGCAGCUUUCAGAUAUACUCCAUGCCUGCAUUCGACAGCUUUGAAGCAGGGUAUAGUAGCCGCACGAACAGGCCAUGCCCGAUCUGGGUCCGAUCUGGUUUUCGGGUUUUCUAUGGAUUCUUUUCACUGUUUGUAGGGGUAGCACUCCCUUUCCUCUCAAGUUUUGCGGGGCUAUUAGGCGGGAUCACUCUUCCUGUCACAUUCGCUUACCCAUGCUUCAUGUGGGUGCUUAUAAAGAAGCCCUCCAAGUAUAGUUUCAGUUGGUACUUCAACUGGACCCUUGGUUGGUUGGGGGUGGCCAUUAGCUUAGCCCUUUCAGUUGGUGGUGUUUGGAGCAUGGUCUACAGUGGUCUCAAGCUUAAGUUCUUCAAGCCGCCUACCUAGCUGAAGGAAACCACCAAAAUGGGAAUUUCAGAAGGAAGAAAAUAUAUGGCUUGUCAAUGUAUGGUUUAUCUGAUUUUUUGGCUAGGUAAAAUGUUAAGUGUAUUAAAAUGGGUUGGGUAAGAUUGUAAGAAUGUUUGCAUUUGCUGGUGUUUGUGUUUAAAAUUAGUACAAUUGGAUAUUGGAAUUGUAUUUAACCUUUUCUCAUCCUUUUCUCUUAAAUUAUGUAUAGAUAAGUUCUGAGAUGCAUCAAGUUAAAGGGAUAUAUCAUUAAAACAUUGUAAUGGAAGAGUGUUUCUUUCUAAUGCAGUGAGUUUUAUGUUUUCUUGAUUCAAAAUAUCUGUCAAUUUACAGAAAGAAAAAAACACAUUUCGAAGUAA